UCUUGAUUGGCUCACUGGUGCAUGUCUCGCAUGUCAUGUAACCGCGCUGGGUCAUUUUGCUGACUGGACGACCGUAUUGAUGUCCUGUUCUUGUAACGGCCAACUGAUUGUACUUGUCUUUGUUUGAGGACAUUGUUGAACACCGUAGUUCAGCAUCGACUGUGGCUUUUUUGUUUCUCCGGUGCCUACACACCAACUCCGAUCCUUGUCGCUCAUUGAUCCCCUGUCGGAGGCCGCGAAUCGGUGCCCUACGCGUUGUCCAACUAUCCUAAGCGAUUUUUGAAGCUUACAGUGUUCAACAAUCCUUUGUUUGAAGACGUCACUCUUUUGGACUUGCAAUGGAAACACGAAAGAAGACGUCUAUGAUUCUUGAACAGAACACGAUUGGAUCCCGGCAAGUUGAAUAUUUGCCUGUUGUUGACGAUAAUGUUUCUUGUUCUGGAUCGCAUAAUACCUGUAAGGAUAGUCAGGCUCGAAGUUCGGUUAGUGCACGUUCUGCUGUUAGGCUGGCGGAGCUUAAGAGAAAGCAAGCCGAAACUGAGCUGGAGAUUGCUAAGUUACGGUUAGAAAUAGAAGUGGGCGCGAACAGCCAUGAACAUCUCGCCACCUCAAGUCAUGUGCCUGAAAUCAGAAAGGAACGUAUGAGUCAGUUUUUGAAGGAUUGUCAAGAAGCAGUGCCACCUCCAGUUACCCCUAUGCCGUAUUACCACCCGUUUUUGGGAGCUUGUCAACCGCCACGAGAGCUGACGAGAGUCGUGUUAGAAUUUUUUGAUGGUAAUCCGAUGACUUAUUGGAGGUUCAUCAAACAGUUUGAAUACUUCGUUGAGGGUCGCGUAAGUGAUAGCGGCCAGCUGUUGCUGUACCUUGUGUAUUAUUGCAGAGGGCGUGCUAAGGAGGCAAUUUGUGAAUGCACGAUACUUCCACCAGAGUUGGCUUAUAACAGGGCUCGAUGCAUUCUUCAAAAUCUUUUUGGUCAAAAUCAUGUCAUUGCUCGCUCCUUGAUCGAUGGUUUGCUUACUGGUCUAAGGCCCCUUAGGGACGACUGUGAGGCUUUGUCGCAAUUGUCACUGAAGAUGGAAAACUGCCAUCUAGCUCUAUCUCAGAUGAAUUUCACGGCCGAUUUGAAAUCUAUAGCCACCAUUGAACGAGUGGUUCGUAGUUUGCCCAAUGCUUUGCAAUCUCGAUGGGCCAGGGUGGCAGAUGCUAUAAUUCAACGCGGAGGAGAAGUUGAAUUUCGAGAUUUGGGAGACUUUGUUGCUGCUGAGGCGAGAGUAGCUCGUAGUAGAUUCGGCCAAAUAGCGACCGCGAGUACACCACGAAGCCAGACUACCGCACAGCCGUCAAGAUUAGCUGAUCAGGGAAAAACUAGGAACUUCUCCCUUUACACAGUAUCAGAGAAGGCCAAUGGAUCGGCUUGUCUAGUUUGUUGCGGCGAACACAGUGUAGCAUCGUGUGAGAAAUUCUUAGCUAUGGUUGUCCCGGCUCGUUGGGAAAUUGUCAGAACAACCGGUGGAUGCUACAACUGUCUAGGGUUGGGUCACCGAGCUUCAAGCUGUCGCAGCAAUAAAGGAUGCAGCCUGUCUACGUGUAAGGGGUGGCAUCACUCGUUGUUACAUCGCGACAGAGCCCCUGUUACUCCCCAGGAUUACUCAAAUACUUGUAAUGCGGCCGCUACCUCUCCCAACAGGGUCUCUCUGGGCGUGGUACCAGUGCGUUUAGAUGGCCCGUUAAGGUCAAUUAACACUUAUGCUUUGUUAGACACUGGUUCGGAUGUGACGCUAGUGCAGGAGGACCUUUUGCAGGAGGCGGGCGUAAACGUUGACCCUACAUCUUUGACGAUGCAGACAAUAAGUGGUAUUACAUCCUUGCAAGCAGGUGUGGCCAAUUUCCGCUUGUCGGCGUUGAGAAGUGCAGACUACGUCACAGUUGAACGUGCCUACUGCUUGAAGCGCUUGCCAUUACGAUCAGAGGGAAACGCUUGAUGUCAGCUGGCAAAGCACUGGCCACACUUAUCGGACAUCCAUUUUGAUGAUCUGACGGAUAACAGAGUCCGAGUAUUGAUAGGUGCAGAUGUACCCGAAGCACAUUGGCAAAUUGAACGCCGUACUUGUGGUAGAGAACACCCGUUUGCCGCGAAAACCCUACUCGGCUGGAUAUUGUUGGGGCCUGUGAACAUGAGUGGUCAGCAUUGCGCUUCCGUAAACUGUGUGCAAGUGGAUGAUCAUUUGCUAGAAGCACAACUUAAAAUGUUGUAUGAUGGUGGGUUCGAAGAUGUCGGCUCCAGCGCCCGCUCUCUCUCCAUAGAGGAUAAGACAGCACUGUCCAUCGCUGAAAAUUGUAUACGACUAGUGAAGGGACACUGCGAAAUGGGUCUACGUUGGAGAAAUCGAUAAGCAGUUGUGCCAAAUACUUAUGGGUCAGCUAGGCACAGAUUGCACUGUUUGAGUCGACGACUACUAAACAAUCCAACAUUGCGCGAAAGGUAAACGGCGGCAUUGGAAAUAAGCAGGACUAAAGGAUACGCAGUUUUGGUGCCACCUGCACCCUUCCAACCAGGCUUUGCACCAAAAUGGUAUUUACCGCACCACGCAGUGAUUAAUCCAAAGAAGCCGGACAAACUUAGAGUGGUGUUUGAUUGCGCCACAAGGCACAAAGGGCUUUCCCUAAACGAUCAACUAUUUCAAGGACCAGACACUACCGCGGAUCUAAUUGGAGUCCUACUGCGUUUUAGGGUUGAGAUGGUAGCGGUUUCUGCAGACAUUGAAGAUAUGUUUAUGCAGGUGAAGGUGCCCAUGAGUGACAGAGGUGCGCUACGCUUCCUUUGGUGGAAGGAAGACGAGAUUGGCUCGGAAGUGAUCGAGUAUCAAAUGACGGCACAUCCAAUUGGAGCCACUUCAUCACCGUUUUGUGCCAACUUUCCCUUUCGUCGAACAGCUAGCGAAUGGGGAUGUCAUUAUAAUGAGAGUGUAGCCGCAGCAGUACACCAUAACUUCUACGUCGACGAUCUUCUGAUCUCACUACCAACUGUUGAAGAAGCGACGCAAUUUGUGGCACAGAUCAGGGAGAUGCUGAGCAAAGGAGGGUUCAAGUUGUGUGAAUGGGUCAACAGCCACGAAGGGGUGUAUAGUGCGAUUCCUUUUACAGAGGUCACCGGGUCAGUCAAGCCUUUGGCUGAAGCAUCUGGAUCGGUGAACCGAACACUGGGGAUAGCUUGGGAUUCUCGUGAGGACGCCUUUCUUUAUCAGUUCGCAAUACCAGAUAGGCCGAAAACGAGAAGGGGCAUCUUGUCUGCGGUAUCGUCCAUUUAUGACCCCUUGGGUUUUAUUGCCCCUUUAAUUAUGCCCGCGAAGUUACUCCUUCAAAUGAUGUGUCGCGACAAGGCGCACUGGGAUGACCCGAUCACUAGCGCAUACGAAAAAAUCUGGAGUGCGUGGUUAAGUGAAAUGAAGGCUCUAAAUGUUUUGAAGAUACCCCGGUGCAUUCGCAGGUUCACUGGGCCUGAAGAGUGGCCACAAUUGCACAUCUUUUGUGAUGCUUCAGAGAAUGGAUAUGGUGCGGUUGCUUAUGCUAGGUUUCGCACUGAGAACAUCGCAUACUGCUCAAUGUUAUAUGCUAAGUCAAGAAUAGCCCCUCUAAAGGCUGUGUCAAUCCCACGGUUGGAAUUGUCGGCGGCCGUGCUUGCAACGAAGCUGUAUGAGGAUGUGACCGAGAGGGCUCAGUUAGUUUUCGAAAAGGUAUUGUUCUGGACAGAAUCUUCCACGGUCUUAUAUUACAUAAAUGAUGAAUCUAAAAGGUUUAGCACCUUCGUCGCCAACCGACUGACAAUCAUCCAUGAAUUGUCCACCCCCAGCCAAUGGAAACACGUCAAAUCCGGUUGCAAUCCUGCUGAUCCGCUAUCAAGAGGUACUACAUCUCUAGUCUCUUUAAAGAACUGGUUCCUCGGGCCAGAUUUUCUGCUGAGCGAGAACGAUGAUUGGCCCGAAUUCUGCCUUAGUUGCGAGCCGGAAGAUGCAGAACUGAAGCAUUCUACUGUUCAGGUCUACGCAACCUCAAAGGAAACACCAUUGUCUACUCUAAUCCAAGGGUAUUCAGACUGGGUUAAGUUGUUAAGGACUGGUGUGUGGCUGUCUCGAUUCAAGCAGUACCAGAAUGCUCGAAGGUGUGGAACCAGUGGAGUGCUGCAACAUGCUCGAUUAAUUACUCUAAAGGAACUACACAGGGCCGUGUACGACGUCAUUCGAAUCGCGCAGCUCGAAUUUUAUCGAGCGGAACUAACACGACUCGAAAAGAUAGCGGGGGACUCGGCGUCUCCUAAGGGGGAAAUACUGCGAGGUCCUCUGGCGCGACUACACCCAAUAAUGCGUGAUGGCUUGCAUUGUCUAGGUGGUAGGUUGGCCUACUCGGAGUACGAAGCUUCCUUUAAGUUUCCAAUUAUACUACCUCCCAAGCACACUGUCACCGAUUUGUUGAUCCGCUUUUAUCACUUGCUGGAAGGUCACGCAGGUGUUUCUCAAGUUCUGGCGAGUCUACGCCGUAAAUAUUGGAUAGUUCGUGGAAUGGCGGCAGUAAAGCGGUUAAUAGGAACUUGUUGGACAUGCAAAAAAAGACUCACCACUGCCGGUCAACAGCUAAUGGCACCGUUGCCGCUAGCCCGUGUGGAACGGGGAUGGCACCCCUUCAAGUUUGUCGGCGUGGAUUAUUUCGGACCAUUUAUUGUUAAACACGGGCGGAGACAAGAGAAGCGCUAUGGAUGCCUAUUUACAUGUAUGCAAGCACGAGCCGUACACAUCGAACUCUCACCUACAUUGAGUACUGACUCUUUUAUCAUGGCCCUGAAACGAUUUGUUGCCCGCAGAGGGACCCCGGCCGAAAUAUUCAGUGAUAAUGGGGGCAAUUUUGUGGGUGCUGCUACUGAGUUGCGUACUGCCAUGAAGAGCUGGUCACAAGCAAAGAUCAAUGAUAAGCUACUGAGUAUAGGAGUGCAGUGGCACUACAACCCACCGAUGGCCAGUCACAGAGGUGGUAUUUGGGAACGCAUCAUUAGGUCUGUUAGGCGGAUCCUGUUAUCUGUCGCAGGGCAGCAGACGUUGGAUGACGAGACACUGAACACUCUCCUUAUUGAAGCGGAGCGCAUCGUCAACAGUAGACCACUUGUACCGCUAACUUCGGACCCCAACGAUCGCGAGGCACUUACACCUAACGAUUUGCUGAUAUUGCGAUCCAACGCAACGCAUAUAUUAACGGCCCUGCCUGAAGAAUAUAACCGCUGUUGGCGACAGGUGAAUUACCUAACUGCGUUGUUCUGGAAAAGAUGGGUCAGAGAGUAUUUGCCGUUGUUGCAAUCGAGACAAAAGUGGUUACACAGCAGUCGAAAUUUUAGACCAGGUGACGUGGUUUUGGUCUCUUCUGAAGCGAGCUCGCGUGGAACAUGGCCAUUGGGAGUUAUUGAGAGCUGCACUGAUUCUGGAGAUGGGCUCGUCAGGACGGCUGUUGUCAGAACAAAGGAAGGGUUGUACAAAAGAGACGUGCGUAAGCUCUGUUUGUUAGAAGGAAGUGACACGGGUGGGAAUGUAGUUCCGGCUGUUGGCUCUCCGCAGGUGGGAGGCGGGUCUUCGGAUCUGCUGCUCCAGGGAGGACCACUGUGAGUCCAACAGCCGAAGUGGGAGGGAUCAGGCGUACCGUUGUAAGUCCUGUGACCUCCCAUAGCGGAUGGAGUUGGCGUAGGGCGAUCCAGAACAGAACGUGUCGUCCUCAACCACUGGAAAAUCCGGGACAGAUUUUCGCGGGGGAGUGUAACGUCCAUUUUGUCAACAGCCAUCACCCUUUGCCUGGACCCACAUUAUUGCCCUAAUUCCCCUUGAAUUCACUCUGUUUGAACGUUCCACGUAUACCGCCCUGCAUGACCCUUAGUCGUUUGUUUUCCAUGCCCACCUUACAUUGGUGACACCACCUGUCUCGCUACUUCCUUUGUUAUGCAUGCUCCACUUUAUCGAUCACUGCUUCGCACUUGUUCCAUUUGCGUGUUACUAUUGAGGUCAGGGUAGACCGGAGAUUUUGUGGGGUGGACACACCACCCAUCCGGCUGACAUGUGCCCCUAACCUCAGGUCUUCAUAAUGUGUCCCCCAUUGAACCUGCUUGAUGUGAUUGGACUAGUGGCUGUUGGUUUCUUGAUUGGCUCACUGGUGCAUGUCUCGCAUGUCAUGUAACCGCGCUGGGUCAUUUUGCUGACUGGACGACCGUAUUGAUGUCCUGUUCUUGUAACGGCCAACUGAUUGUACUUGUCUUUGUUUGAGGACAUUGUUGGUAUGUUGUCACUUUGAUCUUUUACUCUUUGUAUAAUAGAACACCGUAGUUCAGCAUCGACUGUGGCUUUUUUGUUUCUCCGGUGCCUACACACCAACUCCGAUCCUUGUCGCUCAUUGAUCCCCUGUCGGAGGCCGCGAAUCGGUGCCCUACGCGUUGUCCAACUAUCCUAAGCGAUUUUUGAAGCUUACAU